UACCCAAAGAGUCCAUCCGCCAUUCACUUUCUUCCUCUCCCUACAAUCCUUUCAAAAAACCAGAUUCGUCCCCGACUAGUGAACGAUAACACGAAAUUGGCCCUUGAUUCGUCAGCAAUCGUUUCGAUAUUUCGAACAGUCCUUCCUCCCUGUCUGUCGAUACCACCUUACGUCCGGUAGUUACCUACAAAUCUACCAAAGCCGCCACAGCAUGACUUCGAAAAAGCGCGUUGCGGAUCACCAGAUCAACAAGGACGAGUACGAAAACCGUCAAGCACGGACGCUCAGCGAUGCGGACGAAGACGAGGCUCGACAGCGACCCGACGUCUUUGUCCGCGCCGACGCCGCUACGAUCCAAUCCCGACGUCGUCUCAAAGUUGCACGGAAUGCCGACGGCUCCGUUGUGACUCUUCCAGUCCAAAAGAAUCCCUUUGCCAACGUCACCUUGGGAUCGGCGGCGUCCGGGGACACUGCUCCAGACGCCAAACCGCAACCCACGAACGUUGUUGCUACUACUACUACUACUACCACCACCGCCACCACCACUGCGGCACCGGUCUUUGGAGCUUCCACUGCGUUCCGCGGAUUUGGGACCGUCGUUCCUGCCACCACCGCUACGAACGGAUUCCCUACGACUCUUCCCAAUACCAACCUUUCCAACAGUGAAGGGGGCGUUGGUACCGCCACUACCGAUAACAACCAGAGUAGCACUGUCGAUGCCAUUAGCACCAACUCUGGAUCCGGUGGUAGCGUCUUUGGUAGUUUUGCGGGCUUCGGUAAUGCUGUCAACCACAGCAAUAGCAACGGUAGCAGCAACGCAUUCUCCUUCGCUCACACCGUUGCUACCGCUACCGACAACAAGGCCGAGCAUCACGAUGAUAAGAACACGGCCGGUGCCACAUCACCUCCGACCAAUAUCAAUAAACCCCAGGCGGAAAGCAAAUCGACCAGUCCGGACAAAGCUGCCAUCAAAGCAACAACCGCUCCUUCCGCACUUUGGCCUUCAUCAUAUCAGGUCACGUCGGGGGAAGAAGACGAGCUGGUGAUAUGGGAACAACGCUGUCGGACCCACCGUUGGGGAACUUCAACCAGUGCUGCGCCAUCACAAUUUCCCGGCGCCUCAGCAACGGUGGCACCGCCCUCGGUCCCGCCGAGUCACAAUGCGUUAGUUCCGCCCGUCGCCGACUCCACCACGACUACAUCUUCUCCAGACUCGGAUUCCCACGUAAAUCACGCUCAUCCCGACGGUACAACGGCGGCAGCAACCACCACUGUCUCCUCUUCUUGGCAAGAAGUUGGUGUAGGUCCCUUGCGUGUUUUACAAAAUCCAGUCACUCAGCACGUGCGCCUCGUCCAGCGUCGUCAGGUCGAUCCCAGCGGACCCGUCACCAUUUUGCUCUGGAACGUACCGGUCUGGCGGGAAAGCGUCGUGGCGAGGCCCUCCGACAAGCACGUGCAAAUUACCACCCUCGAUCCCGCCACCAAAGCCACCCGCGUCCUCCUCGUCAAAGUUGGACUCGCGACCGAAGCGGCCAAGCUCGCCGUCACGCUCGAGAACUACAUGGCCUCGGCGCACGCCAAAUCCUUCGUCAGCAGCGCCAGUACUUCUCUUUCUGAUGGAAGCGAUGCAACCAAGCCGGCCGAGAAAAAAGAUGGCCAAGUAGCAGUGUCGGACAACGAAAGAGCGCCCAUCGAGAAAGGCUCUCUAGCCGAUACCAUCCCGGAUGAAAAGGAGAAGGCUACAUUGGGAUGAAGGUACUGGUAAUAAGAAUAAUAUAGAGUCCGUGUUGAACGAAGU